AAAUUAUACUUACUAAAUUAAAUUAUUACUGUUUAUAGCUGUGUAAAUAAAAUGUAAUAAUAAAAGGCCUACUACAAUGUAAAUAUCAAAAUAUAAUAUCUCAUCAACUACCAAUAAUUUUGCGAAGGCUCUGUGAAUUAGUUUUGAGGUAUUCCACAUUAGGCACCUGUUUAAAUGGCACCCAAGCUAAUGGCACCGAUGAUGUACCACAUUGGGCACCCAUAGGUAUUUUUCGUGGGUGCCAUUUGUGGAAUAACUUUUAAUUUUAUAUUUACUUUAUUCCACAUAUGGCACCUGUGCAUAAGUAGAUACUAGUGUUGGGAAGUUUACGUUUAUCAGCACGUUAAAUAAUAUCGAAUAUGAUCCAUAGAGUGUUUAAUAUAUCAUUCAUCAAGUGAAACCUAUAGCAUUUGUAUGUUUUGAAGUACUAGGGUAUCAUAAGCUAGUUGGAGUUAGACAUCAUGUACAGCAUAAAGCAGUUUAAUAGACUAUGGCGCUGGCUCCAUGAGCAUGAUUAUCGCUCGUUCGUGGAGAUUUUCCGACGAUAUAAGGGUGGGCUCGUCGCGAUUCUCUCGCUUGUGGAGCCAGCGCCUACGGCUUUUUUUUUUGAGGGGAAAAAUUAUCCAAUUACUUCUCCCGCCUUGGGCGAGGCGAGACGGAGUGUUAGACCUCUUACUGACUAAAAACCACCCCGUUCCUUCUCCUGCUUUUCGAGCCGGAGCCCCGGUAAACCCGGUAGUCCGCAGCUCCGGAUCAGGUAUCAGCCCAGCUGGGCCCCAUCUGUUCUGCACGGGUCUGGUUCUGUUCGGGCGGUAAGCUACCCUUGCUCGCCGUCCGCAGGCCCGCACUUACGGUGGCCGGAGAUCGUCUCGCGAUCCCCUACGACCGGAGUGUCUCUCGCGACGGCUGGGGCGUGAGGAGGUUUGUUCUCUCACGCGCCCCGCUUCCUCCUUAGCUAGCAUGACUGCUUCGCAGAAGGAGGAGACUGCAUCCCAGUCCCUCUCGCUCCGCACCAUGGCCUGAACCAGUGCCGGGCGCGAGAGGUCGCCGUCGCCGACCACAUCCCUGAGGACUUGGCGGCGCCCAGCCUACGCAGGGCACACCGCCACCGUAUGUUCUACCGUGUCCUCUGGGCGGUCCUCACAAUGAUGACAUCCAGGCGUUUCCUCCCGCCCAAUAAGGAACAGGAACCUACCGAAACUAGCGCCUAUGGCUAAGGGGUUAAUUCCAUGCUUUGAAGAGCAAGGGGACUGACAGGAUUGUAAUAACUUUUACCAAGUUUACCAUACUCUGAUAUUUUAUUGUACAUGUAACUCUAUAUUAUACAAAUACAGUUCUACAGUUAUGAAUUGCAAGUUAUACUUACUUUGAGUAAUGUAGUAAGCUAAGCAGAGAAUUGUACCUAAUUUAAGUCUGCUAUAUUUCAGGUCACGUUCGCGUCGUGUACAAGCUCAAAGAAAGUUUGCUCAGGGUGCGUAUGUACCUCCAAUGGCACCAGCGGCGGCAGCCGCGGAUAACAGACGCGACGCUGUCCAAGACGCGCGCAAUGUGACCAUCAAUAACAUGACUGCAUCGAACUUACUUGACGUCGUCUCACUUCAAGUCAUUGUUGAGAGACUCCGUGAAACAAACCAGUGCAGAGACGAAAUAGAAAUGGUCACUAAACCUCGUGAACUUGUUAUGGACGAGACAGAUGGUCCCCUUUCUGUGGGCAAUGAAUAUAAUAAAGCAGAUACGCAACUGCGAUUAAGGGGAAGUUCUAUAAGCAAUAAGUCGUCUAGUCUUGAUGAUGUAAAUUUCUGUAAUGAAGGAGAUAAAAACUACACAAAUGGCCAUUUAAUUGAAGAAAGUGAUGGAUCUUGUCCUCUUGUAGACGACCAAACCUUAAAGAACUUGAUUCAAUCUAAAAGUAGAAACCAGGUACCUGAGACUAAUGAACAACAUAAGUCAACUAAAGAUGUUAAUGUCACAGAGCUUUACGCUGUGGGCAAAGAGUCUAGUGGGAAGAGCAAACUACUUAUUAAGGCAUCCAGUACUAAAUGCAAAUCAAACACUAAAGGAAAAACCUGUACUAAAGAUAAAACCAGUAAUAAAGGUAAAGGAUCCCGUGCUAAGGGUAAUGGCGUUAGUGAAGUAUUCAGUAAUAAGGGAAAACAGCCCAGAAUUAAUGACGAUAAGUCAUUGGCCUCUGUCCUGCGGGCCUUGCAAAAGAAGAAAGAUAAAAGCGCACAAAAUAAACAUGUAAUGUCUUUGCGCCAACGGCGUUUAAAUAACGGUAAGGUUUGUGCAACUACCGCCAAAAAGUUACGAACAUUGAAAGGUAAAAACAUAACGACGAAUAAAAAGAAAACGGAUUCUUCUCAACGAAAUUCUCCAACAUCGGAAUUCUCGAUCGAUGAUAAUCGCCCACUCACAUACUACAUCCAGAAUAAGAAAACCAAUAAGAAAUCAUCAAAUAAACGAGGCCAUACUAGUGACCCUUCCACUCCAGAUAUGUUAUUUGCUGCACCGAGUCAUCCAAAGAGGAUUAUAAUAGACACCGAUGUGCCAUCACCCCUGCCAGACCUGAUACCGAAUCAGUUACCAAGCCAUCCGGCAGAACCUGUCGCUGGACCUAGUGGACUACAAAAGACAAUAUUAGAGCCUGUGGCCGGACCUAGUGGAUUACAAAGGGUAACCACGAAUCCAGUGGCGGGACCAAGUGGACCACAAAGGGUAACAUCGGCAUCAGUGCAGGGACCUAGUGGGCUACAAAGGGUAACCACGAAUGCAGUAUCGGGACCUAGUGGAUCAGAAAGAUUAACAUCAGUAUCAGUGGCGGGACCAAGUGGACCACAAAGGGUAACAUCGGCACCAUUGCCUGAACCUAGUGGACAACAAACGGUAAUAUCGACAUCAGUGGCGGGACCUAGUGGACUACAAAGGGUAACAUCGGCACCAGUGGCUGGACCUAGUGGACUACAAAGGGUAACAUCGGCACCAGUGGCUGGACCUAGUGGACUACAAAGGGUAACAUCGGCACCAGUGGCUGGACCUAGUGGACUACAAAGGGUAACAUCGGCACGAAUGGCCAGACCUAGUGGGUUACAAAGGGUAACAUCGGCACGAAUGGUCGGACCUAGUGGACAACAAAAAAGAGUGUUACGGAAUUCUGGAGUCUCUAGGCAAGUAUUACAAUCUGGAGCAGAAAUUUGCCUCGCGGCAAAAUGGAGAACUGUACAACAAGUCAUUAAUGCACCUAAAGUUGAAAUGGACACUCGCUGUAGAUUAUGCGUUGCUUGUUCAAGAAUAGAUAAACUAAAACAAUUAUCAAAACUACUUUAUCAAUUUGAUUUAACUGGAACCAAUCAAUCAUCCGCAAGAUCUGAACCUGAAAAUCAUGAAGGGUACGAUUGUGAUGAACCCAAGUUGCCAGACACAGAUACGGGCCAUAUAUAUCUCGACCUGCUUCCGAAACAUCCGCGUCUCAUGAUGAAGCUCCGCAUACACGAGGUCCACGGAAAACAACUUCUAUCGGCGUGCCUGAUACCAAAGAAUGACGCCCGUAAAAAUAAUGAGGAUUUCUUGCUUGAAGAGAAGGAACAUCUAUUAGAUCAACUAAUUAAUACUCUAUCUAUCAGUUUACCGAGUGAAAUGUUAAAAUAUGAACCUUUGAAUGUAAAUACAUUUGAAAGACUUCAAGGUAUAAUAUCUAAUCUUGACCAUCAACACAACCCUGAACGUGCACAUCCUGUUGAGCGACCCCGCGCUAACGUUGAGGCAUCCUGUGCUGCUAAUGUCGAGGUCCCCCAAGCUAACGCUGAAGCAUGCCGCACUAACGUUGAGCCAUCCCAACCCCAAGCUAACGUUGAAAUGCCCCGAGCUAGCGUUGCGGCAACCCAAGCCACUGUUCAGAGUCGGAUUGUUGAGCGCCACACGCUAAACAACGUUUACGAAGAGGGCGACGACGCCGACAUCGAAGCCAAUUCCGAAAAUGAAGUGGAGGAUGACAACUACGACCGCAGAGAAAGGGAUGAACGGAUUAGUGACGAUGACUUAAACGAAUCUAGCGCAGAUACUACUCAGACGCAUGCUGUAGGCGGCGUAUUGCACGAAGGUCCAGUAUUUAGACCCACAAAGGAAGAAUUCCAAAAUCCUUUAGAGUAUUUUAUGAAGAUAUGGGACGAAGCGAGUGAAUUUGGUAUUUGUAAAAUAAUUCCACCUCCAGGAUGGAGACCGAAGAGUCAGAGUUGUGAUGGAAUAAGGUUUGAUGUCGCGAAACAGUACGUCUCUCGUAUGUACAACAGAUGGGGUACAGCAAUGCGAGAAUUGGCUUGUAUAAAGUUUUGUGCAUCGCGCUCAAAUGGCUUUCCUUGUAGCACUCCAAUGAUUGGAGGUAUGGAAGUUAAUUUGCCUAAGUUAUACCAUAGCGUGCAACGACACGGUGGAUUAGAACUUGUACUUAAUAAGAAACGUUGGGUGAAAAUUGGGCGCGACAUGAACUUAUCUACGAGUAUAAAUUUUCUAAAUAGACUGGACCAUCUCUACUCAAAGUACCUUCUACCUUAUGAUUCUCUUUCACCAACCGAAAGACGGGAAAUCUUUGGAAUGAUAGAAAAGGCAUGGACUCGGAAAAAUCAAAGGUUGUUGGACCGCGCACUGAACCCCUUGCGUGCACAGGGACGUCUGAUGGGAUUGACUGACAGUGAAGAAGAACCCGAAGAACAGUCUUCUGUUAUGAAUGCUGUCAAAGAGGCAGAAGAUUGCAUCGUUCGAGGCCCAAUCAUGAACUACACUAGGUUCAAAGAGCUCGCCGAGUCUACAUACAGUAUCGUUUAUGGUUAUGGAAUUACUCGAGAGAACAAUCCUAUGAGUCUCGAACAGAAAGAAGAGUUGUACUGGCGCUACGUGGUUCAGGGCAACGAGCACAUAUGUGUCGCCACCGCCGCCAUCGAUACUGGCUCCGACCCCUCGCGAGGAAGUAGCCGUACGUUAACCUUGAAGGAUAUUAGCCAGAAUAAAGACAAUAUCCUCCGCUUUCUGGGUGCUGUGUCCGGCUUAACUGCCCCCACUUUAAACCUAGGGAUGGCAUUCUCAACAAACUGCUUCUACUUGGACCCCCACGCUGUGUCGUGGCUGGACUUAUUGUAUAAAGGGGAUCCAAGGGUCUGGUAUGCGAUUCCAGCCAAACAGAGUGAGAACUUCAGAAAGGCAGUGAGCACUCUCUGUCCCUCUUUUUGUCAAAGGAAAUCUCUGUGGCUCUCAACGGAUAUAGCUAUGAUACCGCCCCAGCUUCUGCGGGAGUACAAUGUGUCGGUGACGCGGGUCGUACAGGAGGAAAAUGAGAUAAUAUUGGCUUUUCCCUACUGUUACACCUCGUCUAUAAACACGGGCUAUUCUGAAUCAGAGAGCAUUUAUUUCGCACCGGUUUCCUGGUUACGUACUGCCUAUGAAGUGUUUAAGGAGGCUCGUGAAAACUGUGAGCCUACAAUGUUUUCUCUCGAAGAGCUGCUAUUGCGGAUAGGCAAAGCAAGUGGUGUGGACAGGGCCACUCUCAGGGCUGCACAGCCGAUUUACGAUAAAGUCUUGAGAGAUGAGAUCACAAACAGGCUAAUCUUGCAAGAAAGAGGAAUGAAAAUCGUGCAUCAGGUAAUUCAACACUUCCUAUUUUGCCCAUUUUAUGACUUUUGUGACUCAGAUUUGUGUUGUAAAUAGUGGUCCAGGCUUAAACGGCGACACAAUAGGUGCUCCUCUAGAAAAUAAUCAAUUUGACCC